AAAGAUAGAAGGAUUCAAAGUCGAGCAUGGGAGGCAGUUAAUGAAGACAAUGAGUUUUCAAGAUCCUAUAAAUGAAGAUAAGGAUUCUACAACAAGCUUGGAAGAUCAGAACAUCAGAGAAAGUAAAACCAAAAACCCUUAACUUGUAAUCAAUUCACGCUAUAGUAACACCAUAUCUUCACUCCUCAUCCUUUCGUACUCCCUGAAACUUGAUGAAGAUGCAGCUCCCAUACCUUUACUUUACCUUCAUUUUGUGCACGAUCAGUUUCAAGGCACCUGUCAUGAGAUGCCAGAAUGUGACAUGCAACUCAACUGACCUCAGAGCCUUAAUUAACUUCUCCAGUUGCAUAGACUCAGGGAUUGAUGGGUGGGAUAUCUCUAGUUCUGGUUGUUGCUCUUGGAAUGGUGUCACUUGUGACAACUCCACCACUUCAAGUAAAAGGGUGGUCAAGUUAGAACUUGCAAGAAAAGGACUCGGAGGUUCAAUCUGCAAGUCCUUCGAAGGUUUAGAUGAGCUGAGGAUUCUGAACCUUUCUGCUAAUUUUCUUACAGGAUACUUGAACCCCUACCACUUCAGUUUGCAAAAGCUGGAGGUCAUUGAUAUGAGCAAUAAUGACUUUUACGGUCAAUUACUACAUGGUGAUGAUUUACCCUCACUCUGGUAUGUUGACCUCUCGAUGAACAGAUUUAGUGGCAGUAUAGAUGCAACAUAUUGUUCAAUGUCACCCCUUAUUGAAGUUCUUAAUCUUGCAAACAACUAUUUGAUUGGUGAAGUUUCAGAGAGUUUUGUAAAAUGUUCUUCUCUGCAGCAUCUCUUUCUUAAUGGCAAUCAGAUCUCAGGAACUUUUCCGAAAAGUCUCUUGCAACUGAGAGAUCUUCGUACGUUGAAACUUCAAGAAAAUUUGUUUACUGGAUCGCUAAAUGAUGGAAUUGGUAACCUGUCUAAGCUUGUGAAAUUGGACCUCUCCUUCAACAGGUUUAAUGGAUUUCUUCCAGAUGUGUUUGACCAGCUUGAAACGCUCGAGCACUUCUCUGCCAGAUCAAAUAAAUUCAGUGGCCAGUUGCCCAAGUCAUUGGUGUUGGAUCUUUCACAGAAUCAUUUGGGAGGAUCCAUCCCAUACUGGAUAGGAACAUUCAAAUAUCUCUUGUACUUGAACUUGUCAAGUAACUCCUUGACCGGGGAGAUUCCAGAAGGCUUGACUGAACUACCGAGCCUCAUUGACAUGAACAUCUCAUUGGAAAGGUUUGCGACCAAAAUUUGGAGCUCCAUUCCAUCUUUGGACUUGAGCUACAACAUGCUCACAGGACACAUACCUCCAAGUACUGGGAAGCUGAGAAAACUUCAUAUACUAAAUCUGAAGUACAAUAGUUUAUCAGGACCUAUUCCUGGUAGUUUAUCAAGGAUGACAAGCUUAGAAACCUUAGACUUAUCUCAUAACAAGCUAUCAGGAGAAAUUCCUGAUACAUUGAGAGAGCUCAGUUGUCUAUCAACUUUCAAUGUAUCAUACAAUCAACUGCAUGGGGAAGUCCCUGAAACAGGGCAGUUAGCGACCUUUCUUUGUACAAGCUUCAUUGGAAAUCCCGGUCUAACCUGUGGAUGGGAUGCCUAUAGUCCACCUGCACAAACUCCUCCCCCUCCUACUCCUGUUGUGUUUCCCAGUGACAAAAUGACAAUCAUGGGCUGGCCAUUUGUAUUUGGCGUUCCAACCGGUUUUGUCAUCACCGUGGGCUUUUGCUUUGUAACUGGCUGGAUUUUUCCAAAGCCAGAAAAAAGGAAGGUUAGAGUAAUUAGAAUCGGCCGCUAGAGGUAAAAUGUCCGAGAAUCCACUUUCUGGAUGCUUCAAAACAUGCAUGUGAGGAGUCCUUUUUUUUUUUUUUUCCUUGCUAGUUGCUACUUUUGUUACCUCCCAUUAAUGUAAAUAUGCACUGAUUUAUUUUUCAAACAAAUAUUCGAGGAUUGAUAUGCUGUGUUUAUGGCAAAA